AUGGCACGGAGGGCUGCAAUGGUGGCAUUGAAUCAGGAGCGGAUGAACUUGGACGAAGAGAGGACUCAACUCAACCCUGUCGUAGACAAAUUUCAGGAACUUUCCGACCACCAAGGGAGCCCGAGCGAAGUCCGAACGUUUGAUGAACCUGGAGACGUUCCAUGUGGUAUCUUCAAGGAGGAGGAAUCCAAUGACGAGGAAGGUGAAUUGACCUGGAUGGAUAUGAUUGGAGUAGCCAUCAGACAGAUUCACAGUGAGGACGAUGACACAGACGACAUUUAUGCUGCUACAAUCCCUCUCUUCCGCCGCGAAGAAGCCAAGAUAAAAGAUCUGACACAUGAUAACUCGACCUGGUAUCCAUUCUUAAAUAAGGAGUACCUGCUUGGCUCGUUGCUUGUUGGAUACUUGCACAAGCUCAUAUCGCGCAAUCUGUACCAUCAAAUCCGUUCGAUCUUGACAAUGUACUACAUUACGAUUCCGCAAUAG